GUCACGGUAUGCAUAUAUCUGAUGACCCAGCAUCACAAACGGAUGUCCCCAGAACCCCAGAGUAAAUACCUAAGUGUGAACUCGACCAGCUUUCACUCAGCCAGUAAGGACUCGAGGCCUUUCCCUUUCUUUGCUCCCGACGUUACCGAGUGGAAGGAUGAAACCGUUGGUGGUGUUGGUGUUGGUGCUCACCGGUGCUGUGGCAGCGGAGGCUUUUCUUUACAACGAUGCGGAUUGGAGUGAUCUUAAAGUGACGUGGGGAGCGAACCCCUUCAAUUCCCAGUACUUCCAGUCCAUCCCGCGCAAGGAGAGUGACGCCAAGGCCGCAGACUGGACUGCGUUCAGCAGAGGCAAUGAGUGCAACGGGGCCUUCUACAACGGCUAUCGUUUCAUAAAGAACAACGACCCCGCAGUCAUGCUGCUGUUCGACAAGAACGGCUACAUCGCUGGUAUUCAGAUGGGGGCCCAGAAGGACAAGCUACCCGCUGGCACCCCCUCCCGGUACAUCCAGGCUCUGUGGAAUGAUGACGACGACAUGUACGUCAUCACGGCAUAUUUCGUGGAUCCAGCCAUCGUCUGCACCACUGGUCGUACGGAGGAAGAGUUCGACCAACACGGGACCGGUACAGACCUGUACAUCCAGAACGGCACCACCCCAGCCAUGCACAUCAAGAUUCCCAAGUCGGAGUCCGGUCUCACGGACACGGCGUGGACCAAGGGGGGUUGCUUCUACACUAUGGGGCGUCACUAUUGGUAUAACGUGAGUAGGGACAUGGACUGUGACCGAUUCUUCCCAGUCUUCCUCAUGUACAACUCCGGAGAUCUGAACGGCUUCGGCUGGAACAUGAACGCGAACCUGGACAGUCACCGCUACGAGCACCCUCCUGCCGCCGCGCUUGGGCUGUUCUUUGAGGAGGCGCCGACCUGUCUACCUGACCUGGCCAACCGCGGGCUGACCACACAGCACAUCUACCUGGACAGCACACCGCAACUCAACUUCUGCUAGACACGUCAUGUUAGCCUCAGCACCAGCCUUCUAGUUUGUGGGUUAAGCCACGUCCGAGCUGGAUACAGCUGAACCGGGCUGCACACCGUCUACUGUACUGUGUAUGUCAAACAAGACUGCAAAUCUGCAAACUCAGCCAGUCCUGCUCUGGCAAGCAUAUCGUACAGAAACCGUAAUGAUCGGACACAUUACACAAAUCAUAUCAACAAAGCCUGCUGCUCUAGUGGUAAAUAAAUGAAGUGAAAAGUUAA